UUCUUCCCGUUUUCCAGUCUAGUCGUAACGCUCAGACUAGAAAGACUCGGAUUUUAAAAAAAUUAUGGUACAAGUAAUGGAUCAUUUAACAAUAAAAAUGGCGGAUAAUUGUACUGUGUCGAAAAGUGACUUCAUUUUUGAACCAAGUGCUGUUGGUAAACAUACCACUACGGCUGUUAGUCUUGGCACUGUCACGGGAAUAGCGAUUGCUGUUGCUUUGAAUAUUGUGUUAAAUCUGAAGUGUUUCACGACGAAAUCGGCUCAGAUUAUAAUACGGCUUGACAAAAAAAAUCUGUUAAGAACUCUAGUGUUACUAGUGUUAGUGUUAAUGCUACCAGUUUUUAUAGUGCUAAUAUUAUUUGGUAGGUGUUAUAAAUUCCUGUGUUCAAUUAUAAUAAGAAGAAAAGACAAGCAAUUUGUCAGAUUUUUGGAAAGUUUCGAUGUGUUUUGGUACUUGGAAGGUGAUUCGGUAAUAAACAUUCUGGGUACUAUUGAGUCUGAUUCAACUGAAGCAUUAGUUGAAAAUAUGAAACACAAGUUGGAAAUUCUAAUACAUAAUAAGACGAGUGAUAAAAUAUUUUAUAGAAAACACGAAGAAUAUGGCUUUUUUUACUGGAGAAAAAAUGAUUUUAUAGAUGUGAGUGAAUAUGUGGAAAUAUUAGACUUACCUGAUCAAUGUGAGCUAAGUGAAACUGAUCUUGAAGACAUUAUGGCCGACGUGUCAACUAAACCUUUACCAUAUAACGAUGAAGGCCUUUUUAAAAUCCUUAUAACUAAACAAAGGGUCACCAUUGAUCAUAACACAAAGGAGGAACACGGGAUAAUAUUUAGAAUUCAUCACUCUGUUGGAGAUGGAUUUGCUCUAAUUGAGUUCUUGUGCGAGUCAUUAGCAGAUAAUGGACAAUCCCAUAAAAAUGCUAUCAAUCUCUCUGAAUUUCGGAAUAGCGAAACACCAGAUGAGUUGUUCAAUGUGAUACGGAAAUUGUGCGAUAUUCCUUUAUGUUUUGCUGAUCUUGUUCUUAGGAAACCAGAUGAAAAUUCAUUACAUGGUCCGCCUAUGCUGGGACAAAAGCAUUUCAAGUGGACAAAAUCAGACGAAAAUUUAUUGGUCAUGGUAAAAGAAAUAAAAGACAAUGUUGGGUUAAACUUUUCUGACGUUAUAGCCACAGCUGUAGCCGGUGGACUCAGAAAUUAUUUUGAUAAGACAAUAGCCCAUGUUCCAGAUGAUGUAGCAGUUAUAAUACCAGUAAGAUAUCCUUCAUCUGCCCCUUUCAAAAAUGGUCGCAAUCGAUUGAAUAAUGAUUUUACUGUCACUAUGUUUGAUUUACCAGUGAAAGAACACAAAAAUCUUAGUACAAUCAAAAACAGAUUUGCUGACUUUAGACUAAACAACGAAUACCUGGCAAAUUAUUACAUUAUUCAGUUAGCAAGCAUUUUCCCUAAAGAAAUUCUCAAGCCGAUCUUCUUCAGUAGCCAGGCCACUUUGACUCUCAGUAACAUGCCCGGACCUGAUGUCUUAUCAAUUUGUGGAAGCACUCUCAAGAAAAUGGUUUUCUUUUUGCCUCUGAAAGGAAUCUCAGGUGUAGGCGUGUCAGCUUUUUGCUAUGGCGGCGUGCUUCGCCUAGCUGUGUCGGCUGAUGCUGCUCUGGUUUCCAAGGCCGACGAUCUGGACUACAUUCUCCAAGGAAUGGUAGACGAGAUCAGGCGGAUGCAUGUGUUAUACGCGAAGAAGUAAUUUCAUGGGUUUUUAACGGCUACGCUAUUGCAUCUCAGUAAAAGGUAAUGGAGAUAGCUAAACGACGCCAGUAAUAACCACAAAUGAACAUGUGUACAUUUUUAACCUAUCGGCUCCUGAUACUAAAGAUGCCUGCAUGCAUGAAUAUCACUGCCUAUAGAAUGAGUGUGAAUAUAUCCAGUUACGUUCAAAAUAAUUCAUUAAUAAACAUUUUACUGUUUGGA